GGUGGGCGGAGAAGGUGGUGUUGGAAUCGAGGCGUACAGGAGGCGCAAGAGGCGGCGGGUAAUCUGAUGAAUAGAAUGGCGGCGGAGGCCAGAGCCCCGCGCGCCCAGGCGGAAGAGGCUAUCGUCGCUGGCGCGGAGAGUGAGCCGCAGGGGUGGCUGCGGUCAUUGGCAGCCAGGCACCAGCAGCAGAUUCUAUUGUCUCUCACUCUACAUUAAGCGCCUUCAUUUUUUUUUUUUUUUUUUUUUUCUGUACUGGGGGGGGGGGGAGGAUUGCAUCCUUCUUCCCACCUGUCUCUUUCCUCAUCCUCUGCUCCCUUCUUUUCUCCUCCUCCUCCUCCGCUUCUGACGCCCUUCCCUUGAUGUCCUCCUUCUCCUGCUGUCUUCUGUAGUCCUGCGCUAGCGGAGUUUCUGAAUAGCGCUCUCGCCGAAGAAAAAUCGCUCCUGGAUUGAAUUGGAAUUGGAGAUGACGUCAACAGCGAGAGCGACAGCAGCCCAGGCGGGUGGGGGAGAGAGCCAUGCGGAGUACGGGCGCGAGGAGAGAGCAGGAGAGGUGGUGACUGCGCGCGCUCCGAGCGAUUCAAGAGACCCGAGCGAUGCGCCCCUGAGCGCGGGACAAAGCCAAUUCCUUGUAUUGAGGGCGGCGGCGGCGGCGGCGGUAACGAGCGGAGGCGGGCGAGAAGGAAGGGUCAUGGAGGAGGAGAGGGAGAACGACCAUGGUGGGCAGCAGGGCGGCUUUACUCUCUCCUCACGCGUUGGUGAGGCUGAUGGUCAACGAGGAGAGGGAGAAGUGGGGGAAGGAGAAGAUGGUCUCACCUCCUUUAUGGCGCCGGAUCGGGAUCGGGAUCGGGAUGAAGGUUACGACGGUUAUAUCAUGACGGAGGAUGAAGAAGAAGAAGAGGACAACGACGACGACGACGACAACGAUGGCGAUGGCGAUGGCGAUGACGAGCAAAGGCCGCCGCGGUUAUUGACGAGAAGGCGGAGGAAGAAGACGCCGAGCGGGACCAUUUAUGAGGCAGCACGUGCGGGGGAUCUCGAAAGGCUGAGAGAACUGAUUGAACACGGGGUCGAUUUGAAUGCCCGUGACCGUUGGGAUUCCGUCCCGUUGUAUUACGCCUGUCUGGCGGGACAUGAGGAUGCCACGUGUCUGCUGCUUGAGGCGGGAGCGCUCUGUGACGAGUACACUUUCGACGGUGAUCGCUGUCAUUACGCCGCUUUGAAUCUUCGGAUCCGCGGGAUCUUGAAGUCGUAUGAAGCGCGGCCUCCUCCGCUAGAUCCGCUGGCGCGCAACCUGAGGGAGUGUUUCAAUGCGGAGGGAUGGUGGGGGGAUCUAGAGAUCCACGUGGCGGGGCAGCGGAUCAUCGUGCACAAAGCGCUGCUGGCGGCGCGGUCGCCGUUUUUUCGGAAGAUGUUGCGCGUGCGAUGGCGCGGCAGGUCCGAAGUUCGGCUCUCGUCGCCGCGCCUCAAGUACUCUGCCUUUCACGCGUUGCUGCAGUUCUUCUACACUGAUCGAUUGGAUGUGGCUGUGGAAGACAUGGAACCCCUUGCGAGAAUAUGCAAGGCGUGCAAGUGCGCGGGGCUUGGGAGAGCUGUGGAGAAGGAGAUGGUGCACUCGCGCUACGCGGAGUACAAAUCCGUGCGCCGCAUCGACACGAAGCCGAAGCGGUUCAUUCUGCAGGCGUCAUCGCUGGCGCUGGAGGAUCGGCUCGGCGCGCAGUUGAGCGCGCUGAAUCGGGGGGGGGGUAGCGUCGGGAUUCCCGCGAGUGAAGAUCUGGAGAAGACGAGAGAGGGAGGGGGUGUAAGGGGAGUGGAUGGGGACGGGCAGGAGAAGGAGACGCAUGGCGAGCAGCGUCCCGACGAGGAGAGGAGGUCGGGAGAGGGAGAAGCCGCGGUCCCGACAGCGGAAGGAUUGGCUAGCGAAGCGAUGAAGCGCGGCAGCGGCGGCAGCAGCAGCAGCAGCAGUGAUUGGAGUGGAAAAGUCGGUCCCAAAGAAGUAAGGGGUGCUCACCGGCUCUGGUGGAAGAGGGAGCCGUGUGAGAGGAGAAGUGAAUGGAAGGACGGCGAUGGCGGAAAAGAAGAAGAAGAGGAAGAAGAAGAAGAAGAAGAAGAAGAUUACGCGGAUGUGUGUAUGGUGGUUGAUGAUGGGAGGGGGAGGUUCCGCUGCCAUCGGUUUAUUCUGGCAGCGCGGUCGGAGUACUUCAAGGUGUUGUUGGGGGGGAUGGAGGGCUUUCUAGAGGGCUCGGCGGCUAUGGCGGCCGGUGCGGUUGUCUCUGAGCGCGAGGGGAGAGCUCAUUGUCUUCCAGAAGUGAAUGUGGCGGGUGUUGCUGUUGACGUCUUCGAAAUUAUCCUGCAAUUCGUGUACUUGGACAGAGUUGAGCACAUCACCGAAGAUCUGGUGGAAGAGGUUUUCGACGCCGCACAGCGAUACCUGCUUUUUCCUCUGAAGAGAGCUGCUGCAGAUGCACUCAUUCCUCACCUGGAGUCGGCUUCACCGAGAGAGAUCUGUGGCUGGCUGCUUUUGGCAGACGAAUACAAUGUAUCGAAGUUGAGAGAGUAUUGCCUUCACGUCAUAGUAUUGAAUUUUGAAGCGUUUGCUGCUAAUGAAGAUUUUCGGCGGAUGGUUCGAUCCCUUCCACCGCUCCCACCUUCCGAGCCAAGCACAAGUGCAAGCAGAGGGUUGUCUCCACAUAGAGGUGAUGAUGUUGCUGUGCAGGUUCCACGUGGAGUGUUCGUGAUGGAUGAUGACAUUGGAGAACCCGAGAGUGAAGCUAACCUGCUUGAAGACUUGCGGGAGAAGUGGCUAGAGGUGGAGGGAGGAGAGGGAGAGGAGAGAGAUAUUACGGCUGCCUCCUUUGAUGAAAUGAUUGAAGCAUGGCGAGCAAUGGAUGAGGUUUCUUAAGCUAAGUCUUGUAACAUGUCAUCGACCGUUUGUGGGGGGGGGGG